CGGAGUGGGCGGAGCUUAUGUGCCAGAGUUUAGGCUUGGAGAGAGACGUUGCUGCCUUUCAGUCGACUUCCCGACGGGAUAAAAAACACCAAGGAGCAAAAAUCUCACUUCAUUCUUAUCGUUUUGGACCAGAAUCUAACAGAAAAGGAGAAAAAUGAGUGUGAAGUGUAGAUUUCAGCCCUGGAUAAAGCGUUACGAGGUGGAUUUUGUGGCCUGUUUUGCUCCCAUAGUGUUGAUGGGUUUGUUUAUCGGUUCGGGUCCAAAAGUGAGCGGACGGUUUGGAGGAAAAAGUGCGAUUUGAGAGGCAGUAAAACCCGGACUGGAUUCUCCGGAUCGUCAGAGUGUCAGUAGCUGGUGUACAGAGCCGAUUGUUAACAAACUGACACACUGACACACUUCUUUUCCUCCUGUCUUCUUUCCACUGCUUCACUUUUUUUCCCUUCACUUUCACCAGGUGUAAAAUAAUGCAACUGUUUGUGCACAAACUAAAGAGGAAACGAUGCUGCGGUUCUCCAUCGUCAGCAGUGUCGAGAUGCUGAACCUGAGAAGUUCCUAAAGGUUGAUGAAUGACUUUGGUGGAUUCGGUUCUCCCGGAGUUUCUUUCCAAAACGAGGUUGAAAAUGGUGGAGAAUAGGUGUAGCCUUACGAGAGAAGAGGUGUACCGUUGGUUCUCGGGCUUGAGCUCGGCUCAGAGGGCCGAGUUCCUUUGCGGACUCUUGGAUCUCUGCGUUCCGGUGGAGUUGCGCUUUCUCGGGUCCUGCUUGGAGGACUUGGCUCGUAAGGACUACCACUCUUUGAGAGACGCCGAGAUCAAAGCCAACAACCCGGCCGACCUGGCGCUCCUGGCCAACAUGACGGAUGAGGUGGUACGCAGCAAGCUCCUCGUCUCGCUCGCCCUACUCGGCUCAGACAACCGGGCUGCGGCGGGCGUGCUUUUCCGGACACUUACGCACGUCGAAGCCAUCAUCCACGAUUACGGGCUGCGUCUGAGUGAUGGCCGGACCGGCGAGCAGUUCCUCCUGCUCUUCACCAUGGCCGCUAAUCACCCGGCCUUCAGCUUCCACCAGAAGCAGGUGCUGAGACAGCUGCUAGCACAGAUCCAGGAGAUCCUGCAGUCCACCGGCUCUGACCCGGCACAUGGAGGAAAUACCGGAUCGCCUGCUGUUCCUACUUCGAUGCCUACGUACAUCAGUGCACCUGCACACUUUACCUGCUGCACCAAGACCGUGCCUCGAGAGGUCAUGACAGGCCUCGUGGAUGACAGUGUGGGGUCAGAGGUCAUGUCCCCGAACCCUGCGCCGACUUGCCAGGAGCUACCCAUAAAAACGCAUGCUGGGAAACCCGGAAAAGUUCGAGUCGAGAGGAUUGAGCUGAAGGGAGUCGCGCACAAAGUGGACUCAUCAACCGAAUUCACACUGGAGGUCGUGUGGUCUGACUCCACGAUGUCAGACAUUAGCAAGACAUCUCAGGACGUGAUGGACCUGGUGUCCCAGCUCUCCCAGCUCUUUCCUGAUGACUGUCUGGAGAAGUUCCUGCCUCAGCCUGGUGUUGACCCUCAUGAUCUGGACCUGAGGUGGUUGAGUUCUCUCCCUGCUCACGUUCUCCGACACGAGCGAGUGCGACUUUUCUGCACAUCCUCCAGCCCACAACACACCUCCAGCACCAAUCUGAGUUGUCUUCUUCAGUACAGAGGAGCGAGCAGGGCAGUGUGUGGUGUUGCGAGUGUUCAGCCGGUGGUCAACGUUCUUGCCCCGAUUCCCCAGCCCUCACCCGCACAUCUGCCCCCUCCGGCCAUCCUGCCCCUCCACCCGAGUCUCGCUGUCCCUGCUAUAGGAGAGACCAACUCGCCUCAGCAGCAGACACCACCACACCAACAGCAGCAGCAGCUACACCCACCCGGCCCCGAACAGAACGGCAUCCUGGACUGGCUGCGUAAGCUCCGCCUCCACAAAUACUACCCAGUCUUCAAGCAGCUCACCAUGGAAGAGUUUCUCGCUCUGACAGAAGAGGACCUGAAUAAGUACGACCUCACUCAGGGAGCCAAGAAGAAGCUGAAGACCCAGCUGGAGCUGCAGAAGGAGAAGUUACAUGAGAAGAGAUACACAAUGUCUCAAUUUCCUGUUUCCUGUGGUGGAGUAGCGAGAGUGACACCUUCCACUUACAACGGCCCGAUAACACACACGAGCAGCAGUAACACGGAACUGCGUGUGGAGGUGGACGCCGGAUCUCUGUCCUCUCUCAGGGACAGCAGCUCAUCAUCAGGUUACUCCAGUUCUCCAUCCAGCCCCAUGACUCCUCUGAAAGAGACUCACAGACGUGCCGAUGUGGAGUGUGUAGAGAAAGACCGUGUGUGUUUCCUGCUCAGCACGGCAGGUUCAGGUCAGAGUCGUCCCACAGCGCAGGUCCUCCCGGUGCAGAACGAUCCCUCUGUUGGUCCGUCUCACUCCAGCGUGAACCUUCCCUCCCUCCCACUUCUGGCUCCAGGCAGAGGACUCGGAUCCGCCUCCCGUAAGCCCCGCCCACCCCUGCUCUGCCCGGCAAUGGGUGUGGAAGCUCCUUCCCCGGGGCAUCAGGACGUGGAAACGUGCACGGCGCUAACGGUAACCUCUAACGCCCUUCAUCACAUCUCUCAUCCGACGCUACACUUCCAGGUUUCGGCCACGCACGGUCACACCCGCCUGUCUCAGUACUCAAACUCCGCCUCUUCCUCUUCCUCAUCCUCUUUUUCUUCAUCGUCAUCUUCCUUUUCCUUUUCCUCGUCCUCCAAACCCGCCUUCUCACCCAUCAGCGCUGUCCCCAUGGCGGCUGUUUCAGGAAACACCUACAGCGCCAACAGUGGGUCCAUUGUAGCCCCACCCACCACCAGUCCCGUCACCACGGAAACGGCGUGCUACGGCUCCGCCCAGUCGAACGGUACGACGCCAUGCGUGUGCAGCUCGUGUGGCUGUAGCGGAAAGUGCGGAUCGUUCUACUUCCCUCACCCGUUCUCCGGUACGUCCCUGUUCACCCUCGGCCCUCUGCUCCACUUUAGCCCGCUGUUCUCAGGAAGCGGCUCCGUCUCCCCGUUCUCAUACCCCAUUGUAGCCCCGCCCCUGUACAGCAGCAGCCUGUCACAUGACUCGCAACAGAACCUGGUCCUUCCCCCGAUGCAGGGCUUCCUAGGAGGCGGAGCUAACACUUAUCAGCCCUAUGGCAUGAUGGGAAACAUCGGCACGGGGCAAAAGAAGGUGGGAACCAUUUCCUGCUACAACUGCGGGCUGAGCGGACAUCGAGCGCACGACUGCAAACAGCCACCCAUGGAUUCGGCUCAGCAAGGUAUGUUUCGUCUAAAGUAUUCUCCUCAGUCGGACAGCCAGGACUCUGGCGACUAGCUGUUAAAUACCGAGUGUGUGUUUAAAGCGCUCCAGUCUCUGUUUUUGUGAACACAGAAGCUUUCUGAGACUCUUAUGGACUUUGUCUCUCUGAGAGAAGCUCCGUAAAGGACGAGACAGACAUCAGGGACGAUUCGGACACCAAAACCGGUGAGGAACGUUGUGGACAACCAGCCGGCGGCUUGUUAAUCGUCUCCUUCCUCUCAGGUCCUCUCAGGUCCUCACUAAACAGCGUGUGAUCCCUCGGUCACUCCGUCGCGCACUUUUCUGUCACGUCUCGAGGAACGAAACGCCGCCGCCGUCGACUCUGGCGCAGGACUGGACGGAAAUUUCGGAAUUUUUUAAAAACUUUUUAUAACUUUUAUUUUAUUGUGUAUUUGUUGUAUUUACAGUGGGGGUUUUUUCGGGGGUGAAAAUGUACUCGUUUCAGAAUUUUUUUUUAAUAUCAUGUAUAUUUUAUUCUUUUAUCAGUUAUUAUUGUGUUCUGUUAUAUUGGAUUUUGUGUGAAAGCUGACCGCUAAAGUCUGAGAUUUCUGAGAAAUCCCAGAGUUCUUAGAUCCGAUGAUGUACAGGAGCGUGACUUGUUCGGUAUUUCUACAAUUUUUUUUUAAAGAGAUAUUUUAUUUUGAACGGAUGUGGUGUUGAAAACCCUAAAUAAUUAGCACCUUAGCUAAUUCGCCGUAGGUUCUCCGUCAAAACGUUGACGUUUCUUGCGUCCGAUCUCAUACUUAUUCUCAUACCAUUCAAAAAUCGCUUUAGCUGCCUAACAAAAACGUAAAAUUCUUUUUCUCCAAAUUUUCAGUUUGUUUUGGCUUUUAAACCAAAGAACUUCGCUAAAAUGUCGAAGGAUGUCGCCGAUACAGAAAGGACUUUCUAGCUAAGUGUCUUUAUUGUUUCCUUCACUAGAUAAACGCAUUUCCUAGAUUAGCUAAGAAAUUUGGUGACUUCGGCUAACGGAGCUAGAGACUUUUUGCCUCGGCGGUGGUGAAGAAUUUGCUAAAUAUCCUAAGCUAAUUUAGCAAAGAGAUCCGUACGGUCUGUUCGGAGGAAUUCGCUAAAUAUCAUGAGCUCAUUUAUCGAAAAAGAUCGAAGGGAAUUUAGCGAAGGUUUAAGCCAAAUAUUGUUGCGCUAGAUUGCUACGAUGUUUUUGCAGAAUUUCCUUAUAUAAUUUAGCGAACACGCUGAAUUCGUUUUGUGAAGAAGUGAAAUGUUUCCUUUGCUAAUCGAAUAAGGAAUGUUGGUACAUUUCCGUAGCUAAUUUCGUAACAGUAAUUUAGCUCGUGCAACAUUUCCGUCGUUAAUUUAGCGAAGCUUUCGAGCAGAUUUCUUCGGCUAAACGUUGCACCAUUUUGCGUUCUAGGACAGCGAGGCGGACGCUACGGUUUAUUCGCUAAUUCCACAAGGAUUCUCACUUCGUUUCCGUAGCUAACAUAGUGAAGAAUGUGCUACGUUUCCGUAGCUAGUUUAGCGAAGAGAUUUGAGCUAAAAUUCCUGUUUAAUUAACUCUAAUCUUGAACUUUUUGUAGCUAACGUAGCUUGAACUUUGCUAAAUUUCCUUCGCUGUGUAUUCGAGACGGAAACUGCUUCAUCUGGAAAGUUUGCACAUUGAGCUUUAAAAAAAAAGGGAAUUUUUGAUGAAAUACUUGAGCAACGUCAGUGAGGAUUUGACCUAAAACACACUUCCUGUUGCUGAGGAGGAAACGUGGAAGUUCCGAUGUUUCUCCUUCGCUUCGUUUGAUCAGCGCGACGCUUUCACGGUGUUUGUUCUGAGGGUUUUUUCACUUUUUUCUGGUUCACUUUUAUAUUUAAUGUUUGAAUACAAACAAAUCGUCUGACUUCAGCAUCAGAGUUAUUUUGUAUACAGUUAGCUUUCAGAAUUAAACUCAUUGUCUCUUCUGUC